UUAUGUGAACUGACCGUGAAAGUCUUUCAUAUAUAAUAUAUUUUGUUUGCACAGCUGAAACUCCUGCUCAGAUGAUACUAGUACUUCACUGAUAAAAACGGCAAAGUCAAUUACGGGUCGCCGUAGUUGCUUCCAAAAUGCGGCGGCUUUGGUUCCUUCUCCAGUUGCUCCUGGUGCUCCUGCUGUAUCCAACAAAUGGACAAAUCCAGCCGAGGAUUGUGGGGGGCACAGCCACCACCCUGUCCGCAGUGGGUGGUUUUGUGGUGAACCUGCGGUACGACGGCACCUUCUACUGCGGCGGUACACUGGUGAGCAGUCGUCAUGUGGUCACGGCGGCCCAUUGCCUCAAUGGAUACCAGGCGGGACGCAUAACCGUCCAAGGCGGAGUGAGCCAGCUCAGCCAGACGGGCGUAGUAAGACGCGUGGCCAAGUACUUCAUGCCCAAGAGCUUCAGUAGCUCCAGUCUCAACUGGGAUGUGGGUGUCAUCCGGCUGCAGAGUUCGCUGACGGGCAGUGGCAUUACCACCAUAUCCCUGUGCCAGGUGGAGUGGCGGGCAGGUGACUACAUGCGCGUCUCCGGCUGGGGCACCACUCGCUACGGCAACUCCAGUCCCUCGAAUCAGCUGCGCACCGUUCGCAUCCAGUUGCUUCAGAAGAAGGUGUGCCAGAGGGCCUACCAAUACAGGGACACCCUCACGGGAUCCAGCUUCUGUGCCCGUUCCGGUGGCAGGGACAGCUGCUCCGGCGACUCCGGUGGCGGGGCCAUCUUCAACAACCAGCUCUGCGGCGUCGUGUCCUGGGGACUGGGCUGUGCCAACAAGUAUCCCGGCGUCUACACCAGUGUCCAUCGAGUGCGCAGCUUCAUAGUCGGCGCCAUGAAGAAGUGAGGAGUCCGAAGCCCGGAUGCCGCAGCUAUUAAUAGUUAGUUAAAAUAUUAAUUAAAAAUCGUUAAGACCAAGUGCUGGUGCAUCAGGAAGCCCUUGGCCCGGCCCAAACCGGAUGGGCGAUGGGCGAUGUUCGAUGGGCGAUGUUUGAUGGGCGAUGUUCCAUGGGCGAAUAUGAAGAUAUCAGCUAUGUAAAUUGGCAGGUAGUGCACAGUGGUUGGUUACUUUAUAGAAACAUGGGAAAUCUUUCUUUUAAGGAAAGUGGGAACUUGUGUUGGACAGCCUCUUAGUUACUAUAUAUUUAUAUUAGGUUUCUACAGGAACAAAUUUAUCAGCAGUUAGCAUUUAAUUUGCCUUAAAAGUGUCUAACUUGGUAUGUUACACCUCUUGGGACGCAGUUUAUUCAAUGCUAUUUUGCGUAGAUUUUCUUGACAUUUUCAUUCCUUUGCAAUUUAAAAAUAAAAUGGCUUGGCAGAAAAGUUACCUAAAACCAACACUUUCUCGAUGAAAUCCGAUUUUAUAAAUGAAUUUCCCGUGGCUUUAUCUUCUAAGAAUCUAUUUUUAAAUGUUUGUUUGUAACUGUAGGUCGAUUUUCUUGAUAUUUAAAUGAUGUAAAUCCUUUCUAAAUGUUCUAAAAAAGGCUUUGGUUUAAUGUGACCUAAACCAGUUAUUUUAAGGCCAGAACUUUUCUCGCAGAAACUCCGACUCUGAAAAGGCGUACCUCUUAAUGAUUGUGGCUUCAUUUUCUAAUAACCUGCGUUGGCUUGUUGGCUUAUACGCUAAGGUCGAUUUUAUCAUAUUUUGUGAAAACUGUUUAAGAAAAUACAAGAUGAUUACCCUUAUACCUUCAAAUGGUAUUUUAGUCUUAAACCACUGUGCCGAAGGCAACGGCAAGGGCCGAUCGAUGAGUGGACACAUCCGAUUGUUGACUUUGCUGUCGCGCGCUAACUCCAAAGCGAUUGCGUCUUGAUUUGCAUUGAUUGCUUCUGGGUUCUGGAGAAGGAAGGUUCCUGUCCUGUACCUGCAGCGGAAGGAAGCUGACCACUGGCCACCAUGGUGGCACGGGUCAGCCAGGGAAUCUUUCAUAUCCCGUCCAGCGCUGAUUGCAUCUAAUUCCAGCUUGAUUAAGUGCAGUUAAAGAGCCACUUAACACGUGCUGCCGCGUUGACUGCUGGUCAACGAUCUGGUGACAAACAAACGGUUGGA